AUGUAUAAUUCUAAAAUAAAAAACCCUAUACUCAAAUAUUUCAAAGAGUUUCAGACGGAUAUAAGCGGCUCAAUUAUCCUUGUCAAUCCAUCGACGACGUCUGCGCCAACGAGUGGAAUUGAAACUAAUAACGUUGCAAACCAACAACCACCAAUUGACUUAUUUCAAAAAGACCUUUCUAGGCCUUCAUAUGAAGAACUAGGAAAAGAACAAUGCGGCCAACAAGAUGAUGAAAAUAUUCACAAGUUCCAGGCUAAUGAACCUUUAUCCAAUGAACAUCAAGAACUGAAUAUAUCAGAAAACGUAAUUUCAACCGGUAGAGACCAACUAAUGAAUACAACCAUGUUCGAUAACAUUAUAAAUGACUUUGAGAUGCAAACAAACAAAUCUACCCAAGAUUUGAUUGAACAUAUUCCUGGUUUAUAUCGUUUAUUAGACUUAUACAAAGAUGAUGGUUCGAAUGGUCUUGUCGAUAAAAUAAUUAUUUCAAAGGAUUUUCUAAAGAAACUAUGCGACAAUAUGGCUCCAUCAAGUUAUAAGUCAAUUUCUGAGAUCAAUUAUACAAAAUUGAACUCAAUUUCUGUUCGCCUUAUUGGAUGCUACGGAAAUCGCCGUUUAAUUGCAAAACUCUUAUUGAAUUUAGAGAUUAUUAAUCAACAAAUAUAUGAAUUGCUUAUAGCCUCGCAGCCUUCUUUCGACUACUCAAAUAAACCUUUUUUACGUCCUGGUAUUUACUUACUGAUUGUGAAUCCAGACUUUGGUUUAGUUAUUCAUUGGCCCGAAGUAGGAUGUUACGAGGAAAAUACUCCUUCACAAUGUAAAAAGAAUAUGACUAACCUACAUAGAUAUUUGACAAAGGUUACCGAGCAUCAGCUUUGCCUUAUGAGUGAUGAAGAUUUAGAAAGUUUUGAUUGGAAUUUAUACAAUACCGAUGUUGAUUCAGACGACGAUAAAGGGUUUUGUGAAUUUGAAGUCAAGAAAAGUCAGGAAGUACAGGAAGACUUUAAAAUCUAUCCCGGCUUUAAGGUGGAUUUAUCCGAUAAAAUAAAAACCGAAAUACAAAAUACUCAUGAAGAUGGUGUACCCUUGCAUCCUAUUGUUGUUGAAUCUGCUACAAAUCAAUCGUUUGUUACUCGGAGAUUAAUAAAGGAGACUUCUAUUUUGCAAAAUUUCUAUUUAAGAGCCUAUGGAUCAGAAUUAUCACAAGAACUUCAGUCCAGAUUACAGGGACGACGACUAUAUAUUGAUCGUGGAAGUAUGACGAUGAAAUCUUUGGAAAUUUUGAUUAUACAUGGAUUAAAAAUGGAGGAUGAACUUUUGGAAUCAUUUCCAUGGAAUAAAUUAUAUGAUCGUUAUAGGCCUUUUGAAGAGUUUGAAAGAAAUCUCUCGAAAAUUUCUCCUUCACGAGAAAAUAUAUUUGAUAUAAGCGAUAAAGAUUUAGAAAGUACCCGUUCAAAAUAUCCUGAUAAGGAAGGUCAAAUUGAAGAUGUAAUUAAUAAAAUCAAUUCCAAAAAUUGGAAUAAAUUGAAAAGUCGAUAUAUUUUAACUUCGACAAUUAUUUUUGAUAUAUUGGAAAUGAAUGAAGUAUCUGCAAGUCAGGUUUUUUAUGAUAUGUUCAAAGAAUCUGAAAGUCAUAAUAUGUUCAAGGAACCUGAUGAUAAAAAUCAAACACUUUUUUCACGAUUCUCUGUUAAAGGAUUUAAAGAAAUAUCGUUUAUAAAAUUUGUAUCUGACAUUAUUAAUUCCAAAAAUUUGCUUAAUAUAAAAUCUGUGCAAGACCUUAUUAAUUCCAAAAAUCUGACAGAUAUUAAAUCUGUUCAAGAAUUGAUUCAUUUCAAAAAUCUUUCAGAUUAUACAACAUUACAAGACCUUAUGAAUCUCAAGAAUAUAUCAGAUGAAAUAUUUGUGCGAGAUCUUAUUAAUUCAUCAUACCUUGGAAAGUACAAAAGUGAAUUAAUAAUUAUUUUCUUAGAAGAAUACAAAAAAUGGAAAGUUACCUUGUAUAAUGAAAUUCAAAAACUCCUGCCGAAAGAUUCUCUCAUUCAAUUAUCACUUCAGUUAAGGGAAGAAUUUGAGCUAGAGAAACUAAAGAUUGAAUCUCGUGAAUUUGAAAGGCUUUGCAAUAUAAUUGAAGAAAAGUAUCAAAAUAAUGGAAAUUUGCGGAUGAAUAUACAAAGUAUAACAGUAUUUAAUUCAUGCUCUAAUGAUUUGGCUAGGAUUGAUAAUACUUUCUUUUUCAAACAUGAGCUUGAAAUAAUUGAACCAACGCAACUUCAAAUAACGAUUUGUGAGACAUCAUUAGAUCAAUCAGAUAUCUUUCAUUUACAUAAUGAAGAGUUAUAUAUUCCAAAUCCAAUUUUGCUUUCUUAUAAUAAUUACAUUGGUCAAUAUGACGUUAAUUUUCAAAUUGAUCCUGCAAUUUACGAUUUCAGAUCAUAUUCAAUUAAAUAUUUUAAAACAUUGAAUACAGAUGAAAAUGUACUUAUUGCAAUUAAUGAGCCAAAAGAACUAAUCGCUAUAUAUGAUACAAAAAAAGUUUUGUUGAACGUAUACUCAUUUAGUGAUGAACAAAAAUAUUUAUAUGCUCGAAAUCCAAAUAUCCAGCUACUUCAAUG